AUGUUUGAGAUGGAUAGAGCCUGCGACUCCUGUCGUCAUAAGAAGCUGAAAUGCUCCAAGACAAGACCUAAAUGUAAGAAGUGCCUGAAAAAUGGUUGGGACUGCUGCUAUUCACCUAGAAUAAAAAGGUCGCCGCUGACCAGAGUUCAUCUUACUGAAGUGGAAUCGAGACUGGAGUACUUGGAGCAGUUGCUCACCGAACUUUUUCCAGGAGUAGAUCUGGACGAGAUUUACAAAUGUGAAUCAUAUGAUAAAGCCAACAAUUUAAUAGGACGACUCUUGCUCUCUAUCAAAGAUAGAGAAGCUGGUUUGAAUGAAAGAGAGAAGCAGAAGCCAAGAUUUCACUUUGAUUCUUCUGCGCAGGAACAAAAGUGGAUUAUUGAUAGUGGUUAUGGGGGCAGAAGUAUACCCCUGAACAGUCUCCCGAGAGAUCCAUUGCUGGGGUUUGAUUGGAAUGAAGAAGAAAGUACCUAUUUGAAAGAUGACUGUAUGGGAUUUUUGAAUACGGACUCGGAUAACAGAGGAUACUAUGGUGCAGGCUCUCCAAGCUCGACUCUCAAUGCUGCUGGGAUUGAUCUUGCUCUGUUCUCCUCCCCUGCGACACGAUGUCCCACAACAUCACCAAUUUCCGAUCCGUUGCUUUUGGGUUCUGAUCUUGUCAUCUCAAAGCUUCUAGACAGUUAUUCCGUCAACUUUCAUCCAUACUUUCCAGUCGUCUUCUGGCAGACUUUUAUGGAAUGUUACCGCAAUCAAUCCGAACUCCGUUUCUCACACCAAUGGCAGAUACUAUUCAAUACUGUUCUAGCUAUAGGCGCAUGGUGCCUUACCGAGGAAUCAGAUAUCGACAUUUUUUAUUAUGAAAAUGCUAAAUCUCAUCUUGGGAAGGAAAUGUUCGAAUCAGGCUCUCUCACCUUGGUAGUCGCACUCAGUUUAUUAUCCAAAUAUGCGGCGUGGAAGCAAAAGCCUAAUAGUAGUUAUAUGUAUCACGGCCAUGCAUUGAAAAUGGGAGUUUCCUUAGGUCUUCACAAAGAACUGUCACCUGCAGUAACGGAUAUUUGCCUCAAAGAGCAACGCAGGAGGAUAUGGUGCUCUUUAUGUAUUCAAGAGUAUCAUAUUGCUCUUUCACAUGGUAGGCCAUUACAGUUUUUAUUUUCGAAGGAAGACGUGAGCAUAUCACAACCUUCGUCCAUGAAUGAGAGCGAGAAAUGGACCACAGAGCCAUCAAUUUAUCUCGGUUUCAUUGGCAGCAUGAGAUUGUUUAAAGUUUUUGAUAAACUUUGGUAUAAUAAAGACAGAAGCUCAAAAACAAUUAACAGCUGCUUAAGGCUAUGCGAAGGACUGAACGCGACUCUUAAAGAAUUGCCAAAAUUUCUGCAGAAAGAUAUUUCAUCUUUGGUUUUGUCAAGAUUUGUACAUGAACAUCAUUGGUUAUCUUUCGUGAGGUAUUCCCUUCGCUGGCAAAAACUCUGGUUAGUUCUUUACGCUAUAAGAGAGUUGAUAGAAGACUCUGAAUUUACCGAUACGGAAGAAAAGUACAGUAGUACAACUUCUCAAAGAUGCUGUAUUCUGCUGCAAGAAUCUGCGCAAGAGAUGAUUACCAGUGUGAUUACAUUUAUCGAUAACAAUAAGUUGACUCCCUUUUUCGCUUGGAACUGCACAUUCUAUCUAUUCAAUGCCGCUUUGAUACCUUUGACAAGCUCAAUGUCUCAGCCGUCUUCGAAGGAGCGAGCGCAUUGGGUAGCACAAUUACAAAGUGUUACUGAGGCCUUAGAGGUGCUGAAAAACUUUAAAGUUCCAUCUUGCGAGAGGCUGAUUCAGAUGAUCGAUCAGCUGUCCGAUUCAAUUCGUCUUGUGCAUCAUGACGAUUUUUUUAACAACUGGAAGCCUGAUCAGUGA